AUGGGCGUGUUUUUCGCUUCCUUUCCUUAUUUUUUUUUGUUCCUUUUUUCGUUUUUUCUUUAUUUCGGGAUUUUCACCUUCCUUUUCUUUCUUUUCUUCAUUUUUCUUUUGUUAUUUACUGCCCUUUAUAUAUUCUUUUCUUUGACUUCAAUUCAUUUUUUUUUCUUUCUUUCUUUCUUUCUUUCUUUCUUUAUUAAUGUCUAUGCUAUUUUCUUUUUUUCUUCUUUUUCCUUCUUCUUUCUUUCUUUCUAUAAUAUUUUUGUUUCCUCCACUUUCUUUACUUUAUCCUUUUCUUUCAUUUUCAUUCAUUUUUUAUUGCCUCUUCUCUUUCUGUCCUUCCUUCUUUCCUACUUUCUUCCAUUAUUUCAUCGCAUUUUAAACAAGUUUCUCUAUAUUCCAUCUCUUUCUUUCUUUCUUUCUUUCUUUCUUUCUUUCUUUCUUUCUUUCUUUCUUAUUCUCCUGUCCGUCUUUAUCUUUUCUUUCUUUCUUUCUUUCUUUCUUUGCUAUUUUCUCUUUCUUCUUCUUUUUUCUGUUCUUCUUACUUUUUUAUUCUUCCUCUCCACUUCCCUUUCUUUCUUUCUUUCUUUCUUUCUUUCUUUCUUUCUUUCUUUCUUUCUUUCUUUCUUAAUGUCUAUGCUAUUUUCUCUUUUUCUUCUUUUCCCGUGCUUCAUUCUUUCUUUCUUUCUUUCUUUCUUUCUUUCUUUCUUUCUUUCUUUCUUUCUUUCUUUCUUUCUUUCUUUCUUAAUGUCUAUAAAAUUUUUCUUUUUUCUUCUUUUCCCGUGCUUCAUUCUUUCUUUCUUUCUUUCUUUCUUUCUUUCUUUCUUUCUUUCUUUUCUUUCUUUCUUUCUUAUUUUUUUCUCCUUUCUUUAUAACAUUUAUAACCCUCUCACCCCAAUUCUUUCUUUCUUUCUUUCUUUCUUUCUUUCUUUCUUUCUUUCUUCCUUUCUUUUAUUCAUCCUCUUCAUUCCCUUUUCUUUCUUUCUUUCUCUUAAUAAUUAUCUUUCUUUUUCUAAUACAUUAUUUCUUUCUUUCUUUCUUUCUUUUUUUCUAUUCUAUUUUCUAUUUUUCUUCUUUUUCCCGUCCUUCCUUCCUUCUUUCUUUCUUUCUUUUCGCCUUUAUUUCCUUCUUUAUAUUUCCCCAUUUCCCCUCCGAUCCGAUUGGCUGCCCCCCCCCACUUCUCUCGACCCAAAAUACAAAACUGCUUCCAAAUUUCUUUCUCCCACUUCUCUUUGGCUUUCUAUUCGUUUUUCGCCAUUAGACUAUUUCGAAUUGAUUUGGGAAUCUAUCUAUCUAUCUAUCUAUCUAUCUAUCUAUCUAUCUAUCUAUCUAUCUAUCUCUCUCUAUAUAUAUAUAUAUAUAUAUAUAUGA